CAGAUUUUGCUGCCCGGGUUAUUUUUUAAAGCAAAUUCUAAAAACGUUUUAAAAAAAUGUAUUUUCUUUCGUUUAAUUGUAAUAUUUUAAUGUGAAUUUCCAUUGAUAAAAAAUGUCGUUUCAAUUGCUGACUGCCGUGGAAAAAUUCCAGCAAAAACCUUUCCAGUUCAAGCCGUAUCUUUCGGAAGAAGAUGCUGAAGCAUUUGAAGAUUUCCCAGUCCUUGGCAACAUUCUAUCCGACUUGAAAUAUUUCUGGCAAGCCAAAGGACCAUGUCUCGAAGUACGACUCACAACCACCGGUUGCAUAGUUGGAUCCUACACUUUUGGAUCAGUCUUAAAAGACACAAACACCAAAAUUGUAGCCGUAGAAGAACUGAAAAGAAGAGACGAUCCGUUGCUUGUUGUGGCCCUCGACUGCGCCCUAACCGGAGGCGUAAUUUGCGUGUUUGAUAUUUUUGGCAGAGGCGUUUUGAGGGCUGUACGCAUAGGCGAAAAAAUUAGUAAUAUCCACGUAAUAGCCCACGGCUGUGAGACGGUUUUUCCAGAAUCCAGCCCACUGCAAUAUUUCGACGGGCUUUUGGCAGUUGGCACGGUGGGCGGAAGUGUUUUUCUUUUGGACUUGUGCAAGCAAAUUUGCGAAAAUGUACUUAACAAUAAUUAUGGAAGACUAGUUGUUCGUGGGGAACUUAAUAAUUGUCAGAUGAAUGUUUUGAACAAACAAAAUAUACACAAUAUUAAAAAAUGUAUUGAAAUAUCGGUGGAACGUGAAGAACAUCUGGCAAUACAUUUGAAUGCUGUUUUGAAUUUUUCUUCCCGACACUUUACAUUGAAAGGCGAAGAAGGUGACGAUAGAGUACAUGUAAACAAAGAAGAAGCUGAAGUUAGUGCUUUUUUCUAUGCUAAGCAGAUAGCUUCACUUUUUAUUGGUUACAAUUUUGGUUCUUUCCAAAUGUGGGACUUAUGCUCCCUAGAUUUGCUCUAUACUUCACCUUUAUGCGAACCCAUUAUACCUAUAACAAACUUCACUAUUCAAGAACCAGCUGAUGAUCCAAAAUCUGUUUGUUAUAUUUGGGUUUCUUUCAGUCAUAAUUUACUUUACGGAUCUGAGUUACCAUACGCUGUUAUGUAUGCUUUUUAUUUUAAGAGUAAAACUUGUGUGGAUAAAUAUGGAAGUUUAUAUGAGGAUUUUCAACAUUGUUCUAUAAGAUUCCAGUUAGCACUUGGAGAUACUCGAUCUGCUUCUGUAAGAUCUUCAGUUAAAGGUGGCAUUUGCCUAGGACUUCAAUCGAUUAAUGAAAACGUUCCAAGCAAAGAUCAGAGCUCAUUGGAAUUGUGUUUGAUUUCUUGGUUGUUUUGGGACAAAGAUAAAAUUGCUAAUACCGCUGUGCUAAUAUUUGAUUUGAACCAGUGGUACAAGGCACAAAUGCCUGCUACUCCAAAUUGGCUGCAUUGUUCCAAUUAUAUUAUAAAAAACAGCAUGGACAAGAAAAUGAUUAGCAUCAAAAUGAAUCGGGAGUCUUUACGGCAAUUUAUGGGCAUCCAAAGGCCGGAAGAGCAUUUUUGUCCCACUUCUUUGUCUUUUAAUCUCUGUGCCAUAUCUGAACAUUCUGUAUUCAAAAUCGAAAACGAAUGCCACCAAAAACUAUUUUUAAGCAAAGUAUUGAAUGACCAACACUUGGCCUUAGUCAACCCUGUAAAUUUUGCAGAGGAAAUUAUAAAUUUAGGUUUGACCCCAUUAUUCUAUGACAUCCAUAACUCGCAAAAUGGUGAUUAUCAACGAGAACUUCUCCUCAACGUAAUGCUAGAACAAGAUCAAUUAGACUGGCUAUUCGAAGUAGCUUCCGAACUAGCAAAUAAUGCUUUUAGCUCCGCAGGCCUGACUCUCUACAACAUGAUCCGUUGGGCUUUCCAAAGGGCAGUCAAAAUGAAAAUCUCUUGUGACAAAUAUUGCCAACCUCUGUUUGACUAUUCCGGCAUAAAACUGGACAAAAACAUCUUGCAUCUAAUUUCUUGCGGCAAAUACCAAAUAAGUAAUCUAUGUAACUUUUACAAGUACAUUUCUAGUGAGUUGUGGGAAUUUGUUGCUGAUAAGGAUGGGUUUUUGGAAGAGCAAAGAUCCUUGGACAAUGUGGUGCAGUAUUUUGAGGUCCUUCUUUGGAUGGUUGGUGCAGGCUUGUUACCAGAAUUCCAAGCAAAAAGUGGAACACGUAGUUUAAGUGGUGUCCCAUAUUUGGUGCAAGAUUUAACUGAUUUGUAUGACCAGAAGAGGGCACAGUUGAGGUUGGGCAACAAGUACACUUUUGUGGGAAAUGACUGCUUGAUUUUUAUUGAUAAUAUGAUUAAUUCCAGUGCUAAUGUAGACGUUUUAAGACAAAUCUGGCAGAAUGAUGGCGGUAGCGGGCUCUACCCUCCCCCGUCACUGCAAUCCCUACUUAGAACCUACCUCUUGGACGGUCCUGAUUUAGUUUUUAAACAUUUCCUAGUCACAUACACACUUUUGGAUAUUGCUAUGACCCUAGAUAAGGACAACAAGGUGAUCGAAUUGCUCAUCAAAUUCCCUGAAAACUUCGAUUUGUCUAAAAGCAACAUAAAAAUAAUUCAAGGAUUUUGGAAUUUGGACCAUGGCAAUUACGAAACUGCUUUGGAUUGUUUACUGGAUGAGAGCAUUCGGCCAGGAGAUUUGGAACCGUGGCAUCAUUCUGUAAUGAUUAAAACUUUACUUAUGCAAAACAAGAGUAGUUUGGCUGUACGGUAUUUACAGGACCGAAACCCUGCCAUACAUGAAGAAAAAGAUCUCCUCACUGUUAUAAGCAUUUUGGUUUCCAAGAAUUUAUUGGAUGAUGCCUUUGAAUUUCGACUGCGGCACAGAGAUAAAGACGAUUGUGUCCUACUCAAUCACAUUUUCAAUGAAUGCAACAGAAACGACACUCUGGAGCCUUUACUAUGCAGAAGCUUCACCCCACACGAAGAACAGGCUUUUUUGAAAUACCUACAAAACACCAGAGAUCCAAAAUGUGAAGAGUUGAGGAUAUUUUAUUAUUUGUUAAGAUCCAGAUUUUUAGAUGCUUUUGAUGCUUAUGAUUUGGAUAAAAGGCACAAACCUGAUACUCAAGGUCUUGUUGGUCAAAAAGAAGCCUCAGCAGCUGAUAACCUAGUUCAAAUGUACAAAUCUCUCAUGCCUGAUGUCUACAGCCAAUUAAUAGAACUAGUACGCAAAGAACGUACAAAUUUAUGGAUAGAUGUUCCCAAUCCUCAGCCAAUGUCGGUAUUUGUUCAUAACGCUAGAGAAAAUGUCAAAUAUAAGUCUAGUUAUCUCUUUGCGGCUUUAGCUAAAGCGAAACAAUCCUUUGAAAAUAAAACUAAUGAAAUUGUCACUGAAGAAAUUCCGUUUUUGAGGACUUUAGUUGUGCCUAGGAAUAAGACUAAUGAAAGUAUACCUGUGAUAAAAUUCAAACCUGUUGGAGAUUAUUCCAGAAAACGCAAACUAUCCCCUCAAGCGUCCAAAUCAAGCCCCAAAAAACCAAGAAAUAUGUCCUUGAGCAUAAUCCAAAGUCAAUUGGAAUCACCAAUAGUAGGAAGAGAUAAACGUCGGACACUGGACAACAAUGACACUGCGUUUUUGCCACAAAGCAUUUUAAAAUCGUCUACAAUAUUAGAAAACUCCUUUUUCAAUGAAAAUUUGUCACCUAGGCGAUCGGCUUUGGGAUUGUCACCGAGAAGUUCUGUUAAAAGCAUUACGAAAUCACAUGUCCAAUUCUCAGAUGUUGAUAAUAGUGGCGUGGAAAGCGGAACAAAAAGUAGUGUGGAAACUAGUGGUGAUGACGUGUUUUAUUCUCCGGAACACAGUUUUGAUGAGAGAAACCAGGAUGAUGUAGAGGCGGCUUCAAAGACAUCUAUUCAUCAGUCCAAAGAAAAACUCAAUUUUGAUGAUUCUCUGGCUGUAGUUGAGCAAGCAAGCUCUCAAACUAUUUCAGAAGUUGUGAUGAGUGAUACAAACCCAAUUGCUCCUGUAGAAGAAAAUAUUGCAAUAACAAGAAGAUUUGAAAGUCCAAAAUGUAGAAGAAGUCUGAGAAGUAACACAUCAAGUCCAAUCCGCUCUAGUCCUCGCUUGGCCAAAAAGUCAUCAGAAGAAAAAUCCUCUCCAUCAAAAUCCAUAAGCAAUGAAAACAAACCAUCUCCAUCAGUUCAAAAACUACGUGGACGUCAUUCACUUUCACGUGCAGUCUUGGAAAAUAAUCUACUAAAAUCCCAAAAUCUACUGCUCGAAGAAACAUACAAUGAUUCAAAAAAACUUCAGUUAUCCUGUUCGAGUAUUAGCGAUAUGAGCUUCAAUGAUUCUUCUUUACUUGCCUUUUUAGAAGAAGAUCAAAGUGCUCAGGAUUCGGAUACUUCUUUCGAAACUGAGAAUGUUGAAAUUGUGUCAAAAGUUACUGAAAUUAGUCGCACAGAAAUCCACAGGGAAAAUUUAAGAUUAGGCGAAACUGGCAAUAUUGUAACAACAAAAGAAACCAAAGAGGAAUUUCAUUUGAGAACUGUAGAGGAGUUUAAGGAUGAGGAUGAUUUGCAGGAAAAAAUUGUAAAGGAAACUGUUGAUAAACAAGAGGAAAAAAUUGUAGAGGAAAUUGUUGAUAAACAAGAGGAAAAAAUUGUAGAGGAAACUGUUGAUGAACAAGAGGAAAAAUCUCUUGAAGAGCCAUCUAAAAGUGAAGACAAAGAUGAAGCCUUGAACAUUUACGAUGACCUAUCAAGUGCCAGCGAAGAUGGCAAAGAAGCUUUAGAAAACGUAAUCAAAGAAAAAUUAAUGACUGAGGAAGAAGUUUCUCAGAUGCUAGAAAAUCCUGCAAAUGAAAAUGACAUUGAAAUGAUUAUAGUCCCUGAAGCACAUUUGGUUGUAGACGAACUGAUUGACAUCUAUUCCAGUAGCGACGAGGGUCCAACUGACAAUUGGUCUUCUGAUAACGAAUCCCUUAAUGUUAGUGCAAAACAAAACCUAGAAGAUGAAUCUUCAAAUCAAAGUUCCGAGAGUGAGCAAAAGUCUGAAGUCUGUGAUGAAGAAAUAUCACAACAAAAUUCUCCAGAACAAGAGUACAUCUCUGAUAAUAGUGAGGACUUUAAUGAAACGGAAAAAUCGUCAACUGAUAACAGUUACGAUUCUAAUGCUCCCAUUGUAAAACACGUUGUUGGAGAUGAUGAUGAUGAUUCAAAUUCCCAGCAUAUUGAAAAAGAAGUUUUAGAACAAGCAAGAAGUGAAACUCCUGUUGAAGACGAGCAGCAAAAUAAUGUUGAAGAAAAUCCAAAUAAUUCUUCAGAUUCAAUGGAUUCAGAUUCUAGUGAAAAGGAUGAAAAUUCAGAUGUAGAUGAAAGUUCAUUUGACGAAAGAGUAGUGACACCUACAAGAGGAGUUAGUCAGGCUGAAACAGAUUCUUCUAAUGACUCACAAAUGUCAGAAAAAUCAUUAGAAACCCCAACAAGUCCUCAAGAUGUAGCAUCAAGUCCGGAAUCAUCAGAAGCAUCUGAAAAGCAAUCAAGAGGCAUCCAAUGUACUUUGGCCAUGAAUGCUUUCGAAAAACCUAUAGGAGAUGAAUCUGAUGUAGAAGAACAAAAUUCAGUAAAAGAAUCAACUUCUGGCCGUGCUUCUACUGACGAAGAUGUAGUUGCUAGUGAGAAUGAAGAACCAAAAUCAAUUGGCUUACAGUGUAGUUUUGGAACUCCCAAUGUAAAAGAAGAGUGUGUGGAACCCACCACUAUUAAGGUGAAAACCGUAAAAAGAACUUAUAAAGGUCGCAAAGGCUCUAUGGAUGUUGAUGCUACACCUAAACUUGCUGUCAGUUUGCCAAUAAGAACUUAUUCCAAGAAACUGAAUGUUAGACUUUUUGAGAAAAAUGUCGAAGAUAAUGUCACUGUGGAAGAAAAUGUUGCUCAUGAUACUGACAAAGAUGUCGAGGAAAACAAUGAAAAUGUUGAGGAAAUUGUCCAUAUUGAUGAGGAUAUAGGUGAAAAUGUAGUUGUUGUUCAAGAGGACAUAAUAGAUACUGACAUAAAUAAAGAGGUUGUGGUUCAUGAAGAGAUUGUCAAUAUGGAGGAUCAAGAAGUUGAAAAACCUACUGACAAAGAUGUAGAAGAAAUAAAUAAAGAUGUUGUGGUUCAAGAAGAGAUUGUCAAUAUCGAGGAUCAAGAACUUGAAAAACAUACUGACAAGAAUGUAGAAGAAAUAAAUAAAGAUGUUGUGGUUCAAGAAGAGAUUGUCAAUAUAGAGGAUCAAGAAAUUGAGAAAGAUGAUGUAAAAUUGGACUCUGCUAAAGAAAUAAUAGAUACUGAUAAGCAAGAUAAUAUCUCCCCAUCAUUGGAAGUUAUAAAACAAACAGAUGCUACUCCAAUAAGGAUGACAAGACGCAGAAGCAUGUUGAUGUCUCAAGAAUCCUCAGAAUUCUCUGAGAAAACCAAUGAAAAAGAUGAUUUGUCAACCAGUAAGCCUCAUUCAACUACAAGUUCCCAAUCUAGUGAUUGUAGAAGAAGUCAAAGAUUUAUGAAAUUUGCACAGGAAAAGCCUGAUAAUAGAGAUAAUUCUCCAUUGAGGGAAAGUUUAGUUGAGAAGAAAGUGGAAAUUUUGAAGACGAAAGAAGGUACCCCCAAACAAAAAACUACUAAUAAACGAGCCUCAAAAAAAAUAUUGAGCGAUAUUGACGCUCACGUGAGUAUUGAUUCAGAUCUGGAAGCAAAACCCCAAUCAACUGAUUUAGCAAAAUCUACAAACGUAUACGCAAAAAGAACAACCAAAACAUCAAAAACUAGAGCAACCUCAGUUGCAUCAGUAGAACCUACUAAAAAACCUGGUACCAAACGUACCAGAAGCCUCAGCACCGAUCAACCUGCGACUAGAAAAAGGAAUACCAGGACUAAAAGUGUAGAUUUGCAAAAUUUAAACACUGACAGUCAUUAUUUGAAAAUUGUACUGACUCCAUUUGAUAUAAAGGCUUCAACGUCCAGAAAAAAAUCUUCAGACAUGCAAAAACUGCCACCAGUUGAAGAAAUUGACCCAUUGACUUUAUUAAACAAAGCUGAAUUUUGUGGGCCAAAAGAUCCUGAAGAAGCUAAAGUCUAUCAGGAAGAUGUUUCUUUACCACCUAGUCCAGUAUCCUUGCGACAAACUAGAUCUACUUCAGUGUUAUCUAAUGCUUCAAGCAUUAAGUCGAGAUUGAGAAGAGCAAGUGCUGAUACAGUGUCUGAAUCGUCUGAUCCCCCAAGUCCACCUAAAAGGCAUAAGAAGAAGGAGGUUGAAGAAUCUUCUGCUAAAAGUGUGCCUUAUACUAGAUCUAGAUCUAAUUCGGUGUCGUCUUUGAGGUCAGACACUACUUCUACAAGAAAUACUAGAGCUAGGAGCAGAUUGCCAUCAGUUUUAGAAGACAUACAAGAGGAGAAAAAGAGUGAUGAGGAAAAGGAAGGAGCGGAAAAGUCAAAUGUAAGAAAACGCGGUCGUAAGAGGAAAUAAUAAACAUUGGGGGAAAAAAAAAUAUUUAUUAAGUCUUUAUUUUGUUUGUUUUAUUUUAAUUUUUAAGAUUGAAUUUUGGAUAAUAAUAUAAGUAUUUUCAUUAGCUGAGCUGAAAAUAAUGGUGUUUAUUGUCUAGGAAGUAAAUUAACAAAGCAUAGGUCUGGUGUGUUAGAAGUUUUUAUUUCGUCUGUUUCUUUUUAUUAUUUAAAACUUUAUUAUAAAUCAAAACACGCACAACUACCGCUUAUCCUUUGGUUCUUUUUUCUCUGAUAAAUACUCCAAAAGAUCAUUCAUUCCACUAAAUUCGGUUCUUCCUUGCGGUGGAUUGUUUUUGGGUAUCGAUGGCAGUAUUUGUCCCAUUUUAAUACGGAACUCAUCUAGCUGAAAAAUAAUAAUUGUGCAUCAGAAUAUUCAAUAUAAAGUACUUUGCUAGAAUACUCUCUUUCAUUAGGGAACUCUCUUUCUCUUCUGCAUUACAGUCAUAUACAUACUUUAUCUCUUUUGUGAGAUAAAAAUUUCAUUAACUGUGUUGUGAUUGUGAUGUGGCUUACAAAAUCACUCUCAUGAGUCUUAUGUUAUGCAGCCAAAGAAGUAUUCACUUCAAAAAUUACAAAAUGAGAAUUUUGAGUGAUUCUGUGAGUCUAUUGUCUAAAAUACCAUGGGCCACCAUAUCACAAACGGUAAGAAAUACAAGGGCAGUUAAAUUUAGAUAAAAUUGCCAUUUUGAAGGUUAUUGGAAAUAUAUUAUUUUCUGAGAUAUAGGGUGAUUUGUAGAAAACAAUUAAAACUGUUUUUUACAAAUCACUCUGUAUCUUGGAAACUAAAAGAAAUUUUGACACCGUGUAUAGCAUUAGAUGAGCAUCUGUAGUGACGUCACGCAGGUAUGAGAUUUGAGUGAUUUGACAAUAAUCUCCAAUAGACUAUCCUUGUUGAGGCAAUCAAGAGCCGGUAAUUUAGUCCAAAUUUUGAUUAUUCUUCAUUGUUUUUAUGAUAAAUAUACUCAAUACAGAAAAUUGAAAAUAAUCUUUACAUUUUGGGCGCCAGAUACUUUCCAAAUGGCAUAAAACAGCACUCCGCAGCCGGUGAAAGCGUACAAGGUACCCCAUCCCAAAGCUCUCAAAGCUAAACCGGCCCCGGUUUCAGGAAUCUCUCGGGUCGGUAUGAAACCUUUGCCAAAGUAUUUGGGGUCUUGUUUUUUCGCGGCUAUCAAUGUGGCCCCGAAACCGCCUACGGCUGCCACCCCCGAGACUGCCG